AUGAAAGAAAGAUUAACAAUCUUCAUCGUCAUCCUCCUCUUCAUUAUCUUAAUUCAUUCUUCCACAGUGCAUUCACGUGCUCUAGCUCCCUCACCAUCACCUGCACCAGUGGGUGGUGAGCCAGAGGCCGGAGGCCUGAACCUGUCUAAUGGAAGAGGUGGCUCUGGGAAGACAAUGAGAGGUUCAUUUCCUGCUGAAUGCCAUUUCAAGUGCAACCAAUGCAAACCCUGCAUGCCUGUUCAAGUAUCUGUUCCAGCAAUGGAAUUCAAAGAGAAUGAUGAGUACUAUCCACAAGUUUGGAAAUGUAUCUGUGGAGAAGAUAUUUUCUCUCCUUAA